AUCGUGAAUUAUCAAGUGCGAAUGUUUGAAAGAUCGAUUUAAUGAAAGUCAAACUCAAAGAAACCAUCCAUGGUUCCUAGGUUUAUUUAUUGAUGUUAAACCAGUACUGUCGAUAAAUGCUGGGGAUGCUAGAUUCAUAAAGAUUAGCGAUGGAUAAAGAUAAAAUAAUAGGAUUCAAAUCCAACAUGUCCAAGGAGGACAUGAGGAAAAGCUUAAUGAUGAAGGCUUACGAAGUGAAGUUUGACUUAAGUGGGACAGACUACAUUCCUCUGGAUAAUAUUGGCAUUGGUGCGUAUGGUGUUGUGUGCUCUGCCAUUCAUGGAAAAACUAAAGACAGGGUUGCCAUUAAGAAGAUCCCUUACAUCUUUGAGGAUAAGAGAAUAGCCACCAGGACAUACAGGGAAAUCAAGAUAUUAAAACACUUUAAACAUGAUAAUAUAAUUGCUAUAAGGGACAUUUUAAAACCUAAAGAAACUAUCGAUAAAUUCAGAGAUGUGUACGUAGUGUUUGACCUGAUGGAAAGUGAUCUUCAUAAGAUCAUAUAUUCCAAACAAGAACUAACGGAGGAGCAUGUGAGGUAUUUCUUAUAUCAGUUACUGAGGGGACUCAAGUACAUCCACUCGGCUAACGUCAUCCACCGAGAUCUGAAGCCAAGCAAUUUACUGGUCAAUGAAGACUGUCAACUCAGAGUGGGAGAUUUUGGGAUGGCAAGAGGAGUCAACAUGUCUUCAGAAGAACAGAAUGCCUUCAUGACCCAGUAUGUGGCCACGAGAUGGUAUAGGGCCCCCGAGAUCAUGUUUGCCCUGAUUGAGUAUGGUACUGCCGUGGAUAUGUGGUCGGUUGGCUGUAUAUUUGCCGAGAUGUUGGGAAGGAAGCAUUUGUUCCCUGGCAAGGACUACAUAAGUCAGCUGAAGUUGAUUAUUGGGGUGCUGGGAUCUCCAGAGCAGGAUUUGCUGGACCUCUGUCAGUCAGACCUCAUCAAGAAAUUCAUCAGGCAGCUUGGCAAUAAGGAACCCAUUGCUUGGUCUACUCUCUUCCCCAAAGCCAGCAAGAAAGCCCUGAGUCUACUGAGUAAGAUGCUUCUGUUAGACCCCAGGAAGAGAGUUUCUGUCACCGAUGCUCUCAGCCAUCCCUACCUCAACAAGUAUCAUGAUCCGGAUGAUGAACCCAUUUGUGUUCCAACUUUUAACUUUGACUUCGAAAAGCAGAAAUUGACUUCAGAAGUGCUGCGAGAACAGAUAUACAAAGAGAUUAUGGACUUUCAUAAGCCCAGAGCUCCGUCACUUAGCUUCAGUGCAUGCCUGAAACCUGUACCCAAAGACACAGCAGACAAAAAAUCAGAGAUGAAACAAGAAGUGUCCACUCCUGGGCUGACAAAGGAUUUUCAGGAUAUCCAACUUUUUCCCUCUGGUGAAAUCAAGGGGGAUUUUCUGAAACCAGAUCUCAAGCCGGUUAGCGUUGCUGUAGAAACUAAACAGCUGGAAGUGUCUGCAGAUGAUGUGGAAAUGUUUAGUGCCAAGUCUCAAAUCAAGUCAGAACAACAAGAUGGUGAUGAACAAGAGACAAAAAAGCCAGUUAAAGAAACAAAAGAGGAACACCAUGAAACCAAGACAAUAUCCUCAGACACCAAGGCACUCAUCAAAGCAGCACUGUUGAAUUCAAACUUCAGGAAGAGGAGUGAUUCCUCUACUGAAGUCGAUGAUAAACCAAAACCAGUCACUGCAGCUCAACGCCAGAAAGAAAGGGAAGAAAAACGACGAAGGAAGAAAGAAAAGGCAAUAGAAAGAAUGAAAAAGAAAGAGAAGAAAGAACAAAAGCCAGAUCAGCUUUUGACUGAUGAGGAUAGGGAACUUCUUCAAAGAUGGGCCAAAAUGCAGAAAGUCAACCCCUCUGUAGCUUCAAAACCGGAGUCAACUAUACUGUCUACAAAUUCAGGAACUAGUCAAAGCAACGUGGUGCCACAAACUUCACAGUCUGCAGUAAUUUCAAAUCCCUCGCAACUGAAGUCAUUUCAAGCUGGCUCAUCAGAAUUGUCAAGGAGCUCAACACAACAGUCAAAUAAUGCAGGAAAGUCUCUGAUAAAUGUUGACACCAUGCAUAUGCUGCAACAGAAACUGCAGGCAAGGAAUACAAUUGCAAAAGACACUGUCAAUACCACUGUGUCGCAAACUCCUGUGACAAAUGACCCAGUAAUCUCAAAUCCAAGUCUGUCUACAAUAAACAUGGAAGGAGUGAAAAUGAUGGGUAUAGCAACUGGUACUGUCGUUAACUCAAAUCCUUCUCAGAUUCUAGGUUCCACGGAUAUGGGACUAAGCAAACCAGAAGCUUCAUCAAGCUUUCAAGAUUACCACCAGCCAUUGUAUUCCAAUCAAAACUCACCUCAGAGGGACUACAGCAACCAUAGCUCACCUGAGAGCUAUCAGUCCAAUGGCUCACCUGAUCCUUACAAUCAAGAUUCAAAUUCAAGCUGUGAUGUUCAAAACUCUAGAAUGACAAAUUUUCCAGAACCCAAUGUGUUGUCUAGUCAACAGCACUCUUCUCAGCAAGUCGGGAUUACACCGCAAAUAAAUCCGCAAUUUGAUGUCAGUGCCACAAACCCAUUUGCUAUAACUAGCUCUCUAACUCAAACAUUUACAACACCUUUUCAGACUGAAAAUACAUUUUCCAAUGUAGUACUACCAAAUCCACCAGGAUUUUCAUCUCAGCAACAAUUUGGAAACAUUUCAAACCUCUCAUUUGUAAGAAAUGAGCAAACAGCUGGUCAACCCCAAAGCAUUCAACCAUAUUUUGAUGCAAGAUACCAAACUCAUACACAACAAAGACAGCCGAACUCUUACCCAAGAGUUUCGAUUGACACAAGUCAACAACCACAAGACCUGAUAUCAGUUCUGACUGAGCAGUUUUCAAGCACACAAGUUGGUGACAAUUUCCCUCCCAUGUUACCCUUGACACCCAGAGGAACCGGAGCAGGAUAUGGUGUGGGUAUGGAUCUGGAUUCCCUGAUGGAAGAUAGCUCCAGUUUGCCCCCGCAGCAGUCUCCUCUGUCCUCCUCCUUGCUGACAGACUGGAUGGAGGUGACCGGGUCCCUCAAUAUUGACAUGGAUGCCCUGGAACAGGAGCUGGGACUUCAGUCUCCGAUGUCACUGUCCUAUAGUGAUCUGUCUCUCUAUCAGUCUUGAUAUCCUCAUUAUAUUAGGCUCGUUGACAGUUUACGUAUCAUUAUUUAACACUGUUAUUAUCAUCAGAGUAUGGGGACUGAUGCGGGCCAUCAAUUUAUUGCUGCUGAUGAGAAUUGCGUUAUUAGUUGAUGUUCAUGAAUUGUCUGAAACAUGUUCAAGGAAAAUGUUCCUCAUAUUACAGCAAUGCUGUAUCAGCUGUGAUGCCAUGCUUUCAAUGACUGUUAUGACUCCCUUUAUAUUCAUUUAGUCUGUGUAUUCUUCUCAUUAUUGAAAGGUAAUAUAACACCUUUAUUCCAACCUUUGUUAGCUCUUCUCAUGGUAUUGAUUAUGCAAUUUAUACAUGUAUAUUAACAAUAUGGAGUAGUAAAAAAUGAAAUUUGUAUCAGCUGA